CAAAACCGCUUCAUGAUUAAGAUGUAAGCAUGCAUAUCAUUGCAUGUAAACUUUUUUGGGAUUAAUAAUUCCAUCAAAAAUGCAUUUUAUCUCAAGUGCGUGAGUGUAUGUUGACCAAAGCAAUUGUUGUACGUACAAACAUUGACCGGUUUGAGUGUAGUACAGGUUUUUGGAACGAAAACUCUCGCAUCGAUGGCUCUCACGGCAACCAUAGCGUCAUUUGAGCUUUGAAGUAGGUUUAGGGUUAAUUGCAUUGUGUACAUUGUUUAGUGCAACGACGGAUUAUCAAGAGACAAUUGUCAUAAACAAUUAGAUUCUUAGAUAGACGCCGGCAAUUGUAAUAUCAGAAUGGCGUUGCCCGCUAAUUACAAGCAAGUGGCAAUAGCCGCUGCUAAUAUCGCCAGCCCCGCGAGUCAGAGAAUGAGGCCACCAGGAAGUAGUGGUAGUGGUUCUGGAUCUGGUAAAGAUGCUGGAAGUCCAUUUAUACAAACUGCUCAUGGACAUCCAGGAUUUGUACCUCAAAAAGUUGGCAAAAACACACCAGCUGACUCUCGAAUGCCUAAACCACCAAAACCACCAGAGAAGCCUCUAAUGCCAUACAUGAGGUACAGCAGAAAGGUAUGGGACCAAGUUAAAGCACAGAAUCCAGAGUUAAAACUUUGGGAGAUCGGAAAAAUUAUCGGACAAAUGUGGAGAGACUUGCCAGAAGAAGAGAAAACAGAAUUUAUAGAAGAAUAUGAAGCUGAAAAGACCGAGUACGAUAAAAGUUUGAAAACCUAUCACAAUUCUCCAGCAUACUUGGCUUACAUUGCAGCCAAAAAUAGAGCAUUAUGUGCUGCUCAACAAGGUACGGACGAUCGCGAAACUCACGAACGAUCAUCUGGAAGUAGUAAGAAUCAAAGUGCACAGGAUCGGCGAAUCGACAUUCUACCAGCUGAAGAUGAUGAUGACCAAGAUGAUGGCUACUCGGUUAAACACGUUGCGUACUCGAGAUAUAUCCGCAAUCAUCGAUUAAUUAAUGAAAUAUUCAGUGAUACCGUCGUUCCUGACGUGCGUUCAGUAGUUACAACUCAGAGAAUGCAAAUACUUCGGAGACAAGUGCAAUCUUUAACUAUGCAUCAAAAAAAACUGGAGGCUGAAUUGCAACAAAUAGAAGAAAAAUUUGAGGCAAAGAAAAGAAAAUUUAUUGAGACUAGUGAAGUUUUUCAAGAAGAGUUAAAAAAGCACUGUAAACCGGCGGUUGAUGAAGAAACUUUUAAUAAAAUGGUUGAGAGGCAAUAUGAUUUAUUAAGAAGAGAAAGGCUAAAAGGUACGGCGGAAGAGAGUCGUCAAGAAAAUGGUCCUCCUUCUACUGAAUCUACGCCAAACUCGACACCAACUCCUACUCCAGCUCCUAUGCAAGAAGAAACGUCUUCAGAGGCGCCAGAAACUAAAAUUGAAGAUGAAAAGAUGGAUGUCGAUAAACCUUGUAAUGAUAAAAAAGGAACACCAUCUCCACCAGACAAUACGGUACAAAAUCAACCGAGUCCUGGAAGUACUGUUCCAAGUCCAAACUAUUCGCCUAUGAAUACUCAACAUCAAACGCAAGCUCCUCCACAGAGUCCACAAAUGACUGGUGGACAAUCAACACAAGGUCCUGGCCAACCGUCUAAUUCACCACAACAGCUUCCAUCUCACCAACCACCUGUGUCUUCAGCUUCUGUAAACCAACAACAAAUAUUAUCUCCACAACAGCAAGUUCCCAUACCAACUCAAUCACUUCCAGCUUCGCAACAAGUACCUCCGCCUCCGCAGCAACAACAAAUUUCUACACAACAACAAAUAUCCCCUCAACCUCAUCAGCAACCCCAAAUGCAUCAAGCAAGACCACAAAUGCUCCCUGGUGUUCCAAGUCCACAACAAAUGCCUCACGAUCCACAGCAAAUGCAUCCGCCUCAACAGCAAGAAGGUCAGCCAAUGCAACAACCGAUUUCUGCUCAACAUCCGCCCAAUCAACAGGUCCCACCACAGCCAUCGCAACAAAUGCCACCUCAACAACCAAUGAUCCCACCUCCACAACAAAUGCAAGGUCAACAGAUACCUAGCCAACAGAUGCCUGGUCAGCAAAUACCUACUCAACAGAUACCUGGUCAGCAAAUACCAGGUCAACAGAUGCCUAGUCAACAAAUGCCUAGCCAACAUAUGCCUGGCCAACAUGUGCCCGGUCAACAGAUGCCUGGUCAACAAAUACUUCCUCAGCAUCAAUCUCAACCAUCAAUGACAGGUCCGGGACAACAGCAACAAAUGUCUCCUCAGCAGCAGCAACAACAGCAGUCAAUACCUCCUCAACAACAGCAGCAACAACAACAGCAACAGCACUCACCUAUCCAACAUCCAUCUCCCCAACAAUCACCGUUACCUUCUCAACAACAGUCCUUGCCUCCUCAAGCUGGUCAACAACAACCACAGCAACAGCAACAACAACAGCAACAACAACAGCAGCAACAGCAGCAGCAGCAACAACAACAACAACAGCAGCAGCAGCAGCAGCAACAGCAGCAGCAGCAACAGCAGCAGCAACAACAGAUGCCAUCUCAGUCCCAACAACCACCACAACAUCCUCCACAAUCUCAAACACCUACAGGACCUAGUCUACAAACAAUGCCGCCGCCACAACAGGGACAACAGCAACAGAUAACAAUGGUAAAUCAGCAACAGCCUACACAACCUCAGCAACAAAUGCCACCACAGGCACAGCAGAUACCGCCGUCAGGAAUGCCGUAUUCACAAGUACCGUCGCACACGCCAAAUGUAUCAGCAGGUAUGCCACCACAAGGUCCAAAAAUACCGCAAGCCCCGUCGACAACCGCAGCCGCUGCGGUGGCCGCAGCUGCAGUCGCCGCGGCAAACGCUGCAGCUAAUCAGCAUCCUCCGCACCAACCAGCCGGUGGCAUGAUGCCAGGCCACCCGAUGCCUCCUCAUCAGGUCCCUCCGACGGGAGGUUCGGUGCAUCCGCCCCCUGGAGCUCCACCGCACGUGCCUCCACCGGGCAUGGGCUAUCCCCAGGGUUACCCUCCUGGCGCACAACAGCCGCAAAACGUGCCGCUAGCCCCGCGACCGCCUCAUCCCGGGGUGCCUUACGGUUAUCCCCAGCAGCAGUAUCACCAGCCCUAUCCACCUCAGCCGUAUGGCCACCCUUACUAUCACCAGCCCUACUCGCAGUAUCCGCCUCAUGCGAUGGCUCGACCGCAGCAUGGCUCGCACAGUCCGCACGGAUCCCAUAGUCCGCACUACCACCCCCAGAGUCCUCACGCUGACGUUGGUGGCAAUCCAACGGUUGCGGGUAAUCAGGAACAAUCGCCUAGCGGACCGGUAUAUCCACCAGGACCACCGCAUGCCGAAGCUGAACGUCCGAAUGCUACUCCCGAGGCUCAAGAGGCUCAAACAGACGGCAAGGCCGGCUCAGCUUGAGCCUAUUUUUUAAAGACU